AUGGAUUAUCAGCAGCUGCUGCCGACGCAGCAUCACGACCCCAGGAGCAGCAGCAACCCUCCCCUCGCCGGCAGCAGCAGCAACUACAGCAGCAACUGCAGCAGCAGCAGCAGCAGCAGCAGCAGCCGGCGGUACAGCAGCGGCGGGGCCCCGCAGUUUGGUGCUGCUGUCUCGCGGUUUGUGUUUGCAAGUGACUCCGCAGUGUUUGAGGGCAGCCACCGCGGCAGCAGCAGCAGCAACUACAGCAGCAGCAGCAGCAACUACAGCAGCAGCAGCAGCAACUACAGCAGCAGCAGGGCCAGCAGCAGAUCAUUCCACCCAGCAAAUUAUUAUGAAGGCCAAGGGCGCCGCAGCAGCGGCUUGGCGCUGCUGCGGGGCCCCUUGCUGCAGCCCAGAGAGCCCCUGCCGGAAUACAGCAGCAGCAGCAGCAGCAGCAGCAGCAGACCCUACAGCAGCAGCAGCAGCAGUAGCGGGAGUUAUGCCGGCGGCUGCAGCAACAAGGCUUACCGCGUAGGCUGCUCCUACAGCAGCAGCGGCAGCAGCAGCAGCAACUGCAGCAGAAGCUGCAGCAGCAGCAGCAGCAGCAGCAGCAGCAGUGACUACAGGGGAGGAUACAGUCGGUAUGGCGAAAGGCCUUAUCACAGCGGAGACUGCAGGAGGAGCCCCAGGAGACGCCCGCAGCCCCCAGCCUACAGCAGCAGCAGCAGCAGCAGCAGCAGCAGCAGCAGCAGCGGCAGCAGCAGCAGGCACGUUAUCCCGGCGAAGCCCUUCCCAUUUGAGUGCAGCAGCACGAGUGCCCACAGCAGCAGCACUUACAGCAGCAGCAGUAGCAGCGGCAACUGCAGCAGCUACAGGAAUAGCAGCAGCUACAGCAAUAGCAGCAGCAACUGCAGCAUCAAUAGCAGCAGCAACAGCAGCAGCAGCUGCUGCAGCUUUGAUUACAGCGCUCCGCGCAGCAUGGCUGACCGCAUAGUCCAAGGACGGCGACCGGCUGAGCAGCAGCAGCAGCAGCAGCAGCAGCAGCAGCAGCAGCAGCAGCAGCAGCAACAUGGAAUGCAACAGGUCGAAAACUUGACGUUAGAGCAGCAGCUGUGGCAGCAGCCAAAGGGGCAGCAGCAGCUGCUGCAGCAGCGCCAGCAGCCGCUGCAGCAACAAGACUGCAAUAGGAAACAAGAGGAUAUGAAGCAGCAGCAGCUGCUGCAGGGACAUUUGCUGCAGCAGCAAAUGCAGCAGCAGCAACAGGAUGAGCUGCAACACCACAUCCGGCUCCAGGAGCAGCUGCAGCAAAGACUGCAGCAGCUGCUGCAGCAGCAGCAGCAGCAAGGACAGAUUUCAAAGUCCCUAGCGCAGCUUCUUUCGUCCCCAAAGGAGUUUCAGCAGCAGCAGCAGCAGCAGCAGCAGCAGCGCCUGCCGCCGCCGCCGCAGCAGCAGCACACGCUGCAGCAGACGCUGCAGCAAACGCAGCAGCAAGAGCAGCUGCUUGUGCAGCUGCAAAACCAGCUGACGGAGCAGCUGCAGCUGCAGCAGCAGCAAGAGCCUUUCUUGCUGCUGCCUUCGCCAGGGCUGCUGAGCAGCAACCAGCAUUUUCCUGGCGAGCAGCAGGAAGGGCAGCUUGAAAACGAAGCGGUGCAGCAGCAGCAGCAGCAGCAGCAGCAGCAGCAGCAAGUUUUGCUGCAGCAGCCGCCACGGCUCAGCGAGGCGGCGACGGUGAACGGCACAGAUAGUGCUGCGCAGCAGCAGCAGCUGCUGCUGAUGCAUCCGGAGCAGCACUUGCAAGAGGCGCAGCAGCCGCAGCAAGUUCUGCAGGAUGAGCAGCAGCAGCAGCAGCAGCAGCAGCAGAAACAAAUGUGGCUGCGGCAACACGCUGAGGAGCAGCAGCAGCAGCACGAGCUAGAGGCUCUCAUUCGUCGACGCAACAGCGACAGCGCCGCCAGAAGCAGCAGCAGCAGCAGCAGCAGCAGCAGCAACGGCGACAGCAGCAGGCCCUGUGGGCCUGAUGCUUCGCAUGGAUUGGAACAGCAGCAGCAGCAGCAGCAGCAGCAGCAGCAGCAGCAGCAGCAAGCGCAGCGCUACUGGCGCUCAAGGCCAGAAUCGGCUGCAACUACACGCCGCCCCCGUUUACAGGAGCUGCUGCAGCAGCCACAGCAGCAGCAGCAGCAGCAGCAGGGGCAACAGGUGGAGCAGCGUCAUGCACAGCAGCAGCAGCAGCAGCUGCGGAAGCAGCAGCAACACUUCCCGCAAGAGAAUCCUCAGCAGCAGCAAGUGCAGCAGCAGAUUCUGCAGCCAAUGCAGUUGCGCAAAGUCUUGUCUUCGCCAGAGCAGCAACGCGGUGAGUCCAGCAGCAGCAGCAGCAGUAGCAGCAGUAGCAGCAGCAGCAGUAGCAGCAGCAGCAGCAGCAGCAGCAGCAGCAAACUCAAAGUUAACCGGUGGGGCAGCACUCGCCGGGUGCCGCGAGCUGCUGCUGAUUGGCCCAGAGCAGCUGAGCAGCAGCACAUACAGCAGGAGCUGCAGCAGCACACGCAGCAGCCGAAGCUGCUGCAGCAGCCGCAGCAGCAGCAGCAGCUGCAGCAGCAACACGGCACUAGUGCCGAGCAAGAGGCCACAUCUGCCCGCAGCAGCAGCACGUCUGCAGCAGCAGCAGCAGCAGCUGCUGCUGCUGCUCCGCAGUGCACUUCAGAAUUGCCGUCACACAGACCGCACGUGCAUGCAGCAGUUGAUGCAGCAGCAGCUGCUGCUGCUGCUGCUGCUGCAGCUGCUGCAGUAGCUGCUACAGUAGCUCCAGUCGCUGCUGCAGGGGCGGCAGCAGACGCAGCAGACUAUCUUGAAACUACCAGCACAGGCGCAGCUGCAGCAGCACCGGACGCUUCUGUUGCUGCUGCUGCUGCUGCUGCUGCUGCUGCAACACUUGUUGUUGGCGUUGCUGCCGAAACACCGACGGAUAUGCCUGCAGGAGAACUUACAACAGAGCAGGCAGCAGCAGCAGCAGCAGCAGCAGCAGCAAAUGUUGCAGGAGGAGCGAGUGAUGCAGCAGCAGUCGAUGUCGAUGCAGCAGCAGCUAAUGCUGAUGCAGCAGCAGCUAUUGCUGAUGCAGCUGCAGCAGAGGAUACUGAUGCAGCAGCUGACGCUGAUGCAGCAGCAGCUAAUGCUGCUGCAGCAGCUGGUGCUGAUGCAGCAGCAGCUAGUGCUGAUGCAGAAGCCGCUAGUGCCGAUGCAGCAAAAGCUGAUGCUGAAGCAGCAGCAGCUUGUGCUGCUGCAGCAGUAGCUGAAGCCGAUGCAGCAGCAGCUAGUGCUGAUGCAGCAGCAGCUGAUGCUGAUGUUGCAGCAGCUUAUGCUGCUGCAGCAGCAGCUGAUGCUGCUGCAGCAGAAGCUAGAGUUGAUGCUGCAGCAGCUGAUGCCGCUGCAGCAGCGGAUGAUGUUGCUACAGCUGAUGCUGCUGCAGCAGCAGCUGGUGCUGAUGCAGCAGCAGCUGAUGCUGCUGCAGCAGCUGGUACUAAUGCAGCAGCAGCAAACUCUGGAGAUGCACUGGCCGUGGCAGCUGAAGGUGCAGCACAGUUAGACACAACUGUAGCUGCUGCUGCUGCUGCAGCGCCCGUAGCUGCUGCAACAGAGCCUGCUGCUGCUGCUGCAGCAGCGACUGCAGCAGCGGUAACACCUGUGUCUGCUGCAGCUCCCACAAGCGCUGCGGCAGAAGCAGAUAAGGCUGCAGCAACUGCUGCUGCUGAAGUGUGUGAGGCUGCAGCGUCUGCUGUUACUCCUGCGGCUGCAGGAGCAGCAGCAAAUGCUGCAGCUGCAGCAUUUGCUGCUGCUCCCGUGGCUGCAGCACCUGCUGCUGCUUCUGCCACUGCACCAGAGGCAACCGAUGCAGCAGCGCCGGCGUCAAGAGAGACCCCGGGAGCAGCAGCAGCAGCAGCAGCAGCAGCAACUGUAGCAACAGCAGCAGCAGCACAUGUAGAGGCAGAAGGCACCUUCUUUUCUCAGCUAUCUGCUGCUGCGCAGCAGCGCAUGCGGCAGCUGCGGCAGCGGAGGCAGCAGCAACAGGGAUGGCAGCAGGAGCUGCAGCAGGAGCCUGCACAGCAGCAGCCGAUGCAGCAGCAGCAGCAGCAGCAGCAGCAGCAGGAGGUUCAUGCUGCUGAACAGCAGGAUGGCCGGACGCCAGAGCUGCUUUUGCGGAAACAGGAGCAUUACAGGCAGCAGCAGCAGCAGCAGCAGCAGGAGCGGCGCGAGCAGCAGCAGCAGCUGGAGGCGAGGCAGCAAGUGCUGCAGAAGCUGCAGCGAGUGCAGCAGUUCCGUGAGCUCAGGCAGCAACAGCAGCAGCAGCAGCAACAGGAGGAGAAGUCGCUUUGCCUGCAGCAGGAGCAGCACAUGCAGGAGCAGCAGCAAGCACAGCGCCAAGAACAGCAGCAGGCGCAGCUGCAGCAGCAACAGCAGCAACAGCUGCUGAUUCAGCAGCGACAGCAGCAGCAGCUGCGGCAGCAGCAGCAAGAACAGCAGCAGCAGCAUUGGCAGCAGCAAGUUCAGCAGCAGCAACGUAGCCCCUCACUCGUAUGGGUAGACGCAGAAUCCCUCGUUGUUGUUUUUGACGAUGAAGAGAAGCAGCAGCAGCAGCAGCAGCACAAACGGGAGCAGCAGCAGCAGCAGCAACAGGAACGGCAAAUGAAGCAACGCCAGGAGCAUCUGAAGCAACUUGCAAAGCAGCGGGACCAGCAGCAGCAGCAGCGAGAUGCCCAACAGCAAGAGCAGCAGCAGCAACUGCAGCAACAGCAACUACAGCAGCAAAAAGCGCAGCAGCAGCAGCAGCAGCAGCAGGAACUGCUGGAAGAGCAGCAGCAGCAGCAGCAGCAGCAGCAGCAGCAGACGCCGACGCUGAAGCCCGCGGAGCUCACGCCUGACGUCUCAACUUGCGAAUGCACGCCAGCAGCAGCAAAGGAAGCAGCAGUUGCUGCUGCUGCUGCUGCUGCAGUUGAAGUGCCUGCAGCUCCAGCUGCUGCUGCUGCUGUUACUUCUGCUGCAACGCCAUCAACCGCAGCGUCUGCAGCUGCUGCUUCUUCCCAGCCACCAGCAGCAGUUGCUGCUUCGCUUGCAACUCCAGCAGCAGCAGCUGCUGCUGCUGCUGUAACAGCAAGGAAGGCUGUUGGAGCAGCAGCUGCGGGCCCUGCUGCUGCCCCUCCUGCUGCUGACGUGUUUGCUGCUGCUGCUGCGGCGGCUGUUGUGACCCCGUCAGACCCUACAGCAGCAGCAGCGGCUGCGAAAAGUGCUGCUGAAGAGAACGGGGUGAGGCAGCAGCAUCGGGCGCAGCAGCAGCAGCAGCAGCAGCAGCAGCAGCAGCAGCACGCUGCUGCUGAAGGCGGAGCAGAGGGGCGUAGGACGCCAGGUGCUCGCAACAACAGCAGCAACAGCAGCAGCAGCAGCAGCAGCAGCAGCAGCAGCAGCACACAUGGAGUGUCUAUACAGGCGGAGCUGCAGCAGCUGCACAUCAAUGUGGCCCGGCUGGAAACUUUAGAUGCGCUGCUGCAUGCACGAGCAGCAGCAGCAGCAGCAAAGGCGAAGCUGCUGCAGCGGGAGCUUGAUGCAGCAAAAGCAGAAACUGAGAAGACACUUUCUGAGCGCGCCGCGGUGACGCAGCAGCUGCAGCAAGCCAACAAGCAGCUGCGGGAAAGGAGGCAGCAGCUAAUUCGACUAGCAGCAAGACACGCAGCAGCAGCAGCAGCAGCCUCCAUCGCAACAACAGCUGCUGCUGUCAGAAGUGCAGCAACUGCGCCGCACCCAGCGCCGUCUCCCUCGACAAGUGCUGCUGCUGCUGCUGCUGCUGCUGCAGGCGCCACCGCAGCAGCAGCAGCAGCAGCAGCAGGUCCCCGCGUGCCUUCUGCACUGCCUGGUGCUGCUGAUGCUGCAGCUGCUAGGCCGUGGCGUCGCAGCAGUGAUGCACCAUCGGAAGCUGGAGCAGCAGCAACUGCUGCAGCAACUGCUGCAGCAACUGCUGCAGCAACUGCCGCAGCAACUGCAGCAGCUGCUGCUGCUACGAAGGGGGUGACACAGGGAGGGUUGAAGCGGGAUGCAACAGCCAGCAGCAGCAACAGCAGCAGCAGCAAGAGUGGGGUAGGCGGCCGUUUGCAGGCUGCUGCGGAGAUGGCUUCUGCUGCGGAAGCAGCAGCAGCAGCUGCUGCUGCUCCUGGUGCUGCAGCAGCAGCUGCUGCUGCUCCCUGCGCUGCAGCAGCAGCUGCAACGCCGGAGGAAGACCCAGCAGCAACAACAGAAGAAGAGGAGGAUGAGGAGACGCUGUGUCUCUCUGGCAGGAAGCGAAAGAGAGGGACGAGCAGCAGCAGCAGCAGCAGCAGCAGCAGCAGCAGCAGCAGCUCACACCCACGAACUUACAUCCCCAAAUGGUUUUGUGUCUCUUCUUCUCAAGAGGGACAAAUACAGAGGCAGCUGGAGAGCUGUACGUACACCUCAGCUUUGAGUCAGUGGGACCUCAGCGGCCUCACCAGCAGCCUGCAGCAGCAGCAGCAGCAGCAGCAGCAGCAGCAGCAGCAGCAGCAGCAGCAGCAGCAGCAGAAGCAGAAGCAGCACAUCAUAGAAGCUCUGGGGGGAGAUAACGCUCUCAGACCCAUUUGCUGCUACUCACUGCUCGGCAGCUGCCGCAAAAACUGUACAGACAUUCAUCUGUAG